AAAUUCAACGCAUUCGAGCUUUGACGAUUGAAGUUGAGUUGUUCUUUUUACAUCCGUCCUAAUUUGCUUUAUGUGACGGAUUUGAGGAAAAAGAUCUAAAGCAAUCGAUAAUUUGUUAUUGCAUUCCUAAUAUAUAAAACCGUAAUAUUUAUAACAUGUGUGGUGCAAGUAUUUAUUAUUAUAUAUAUAUAUGGUCUGUAUAGUAAAUCUCGGAUAUAAAUAACAACCAUGCUCCUAGACGUACUUAAUUACGCAUGUACGGAAAAUUAAGGACUAGGACUGCUUACCUAUACACGAGUCAAAUUCAAUGGGCUGAUAUAUUAGCGUCACCUGGUUCUUCUCUUCAUUGUAAAUAUGAAUUUGCUUUUGGGCCCGAUUGGAGAAAUAUUAAAGGAUUAGAAGCGGCAGUUUCCCAAAUAGUAAAUGUGGUAUCAAAUGGACAGAAAAUCAUUUUCAAUUUUCCUAUUGAUAUCAUAUUUAAAUCUACAAAUCCUUACCAAUGGCCUCAAAUAAUUUUGAGUAUUUAUAACAACAUGAAAUUAGUGGGCUAUGGAAGAGCAUACAUCCCUUUACAACCGAAAUUGCAUACCGUAGACGUUGCUCUAAUUAAACCACAGUCAUCUACAUUACUAGGUUAUUUAAGCAGCUUUUUUGGUUAUCAACCAGAACUUGUUCAACCAAAAAUGUUAGCAAAUUGUCUGGGAAAUGACAUGAUUGUGAUGACUUCCAACGGAAAAGUACGACUUACAUUGAAUGUUUUGCAACAAGGGUUACAUAAACUUGGUUAUGAUGUAGGAAAACAAAAACAACACUGAAGACAGAUUUCUAUGCAUUUUUAAUUGAUAUUUUAUUAUUUUUGAAGUGAAACUUUUUAUGGGACAUUGAAAGUUGUGGAAUUGAUAGUAAACUCGCCGAUCUAACAAGAUCUGUUAAGCUCUUUGUUCUUUUCUAGUUUUUUUUAUUUAACAUAGAGAUGAAAAAUCAUCCGAAAAUCUGCACAAAAACGCAGAGAAUAUUGUCAAUUAUUCGUCGGCGUUUAUUCCGUCUAUUUUAAUUUAUCUGAUUAUUGGUUAAAAUAUGCGGCAUUUGAAUUAAAAACGUCAAGAUUUGGGAUUAAGAAAACAUUAAAUACAAUUAAUAAACAACGGUUAUUACUAAUAAUAAUAUGUAUAUUUUAUUAAAGUUGUGUACAAUUCACUGUAUAAUAAUUAAAUAACGGAAAAUAUUUUUUCUCUAAUUAUUGUUUCUGAUUGCUGUUUGGAAAUAUCGAAAGGGGAGCAUUAUACAUACAAUUUCAGUUUCUGAAAACAAAAA